CUGCGUUCAGAUCCUUAAAAGGGCCGCCACUCACAACUUGUUGUUCGCAGAAACGCAGCAGUUUUGGCAGCUCAAAAACCCAGCUUUGAUCAGAGAAGCUCACGAGUUGCAUCAUUAUCUGUCAGGAUGCUGAGAGCAACGCAUUUCGCUUUCAGGAGGGACAAGGGUACAGCUGCGGGAGCCGCCUUGCGUGGCCUCGUCGGUGGCUUCUCGACGGCGUCAGACUCUCAGAGGCUCGCCGGCAAGGUCGCCGUCAUCACCGGCGCGGCCAGCGGCAUCGGCAAGGCGACGGCCGCCGAGUUCGUCCGUAACGGCGCCAAGGUGAUCCUGGCGGACGUGCAGGACGACGCCGGCCGCGCCGUGGCCGCCGAGCUCGGCCCGGCGGCGUCCUACACCCGUUGCGACGUGACGGACGAGGCCCAGAUCGCCGCGGCGGUGGACCUCGCCGUGGCGCGGCACGGGCGGCUGGACGUGCUGUACAGCAACGCGGGCGCGCCGGGGGCCUCGGCGCCCGCGCCGCUGGCGUCGCUGGACCUCGCGGACUUCGACCGCGUCAUGGCGGUCAACGCGCGGUCCGCGGUGGCGGCCCUCAAGCACGCGGCGCGCGUCAUGGUGCCCCGGGCCGCCGGCUGCGUCCUGUGCACGGGGUCCACCACGGGCAUGCUCGGCGGCCUCGCCGCGCUGCCCUACAGCCUGUCCAAGGCCACGGUCAUCUCCGUGGUGCGCGCCGCCGCGGACGAGCUGGCGCGGUCGGGGGUGCGCGUCAACGCCAUCUCGCCGCACGCCAUCGCCACGCCGCUGCUGGUCCGCGGCCUCGCCAGGCUGCACCCGGGCGUCCCCGACGAGCAGCUGAAGCGAAUGGUGGAGACUGGCAUGAGCGAGCUCCGUGGCGCGGUGCUGCAGGUGGAGGACGUGGCGAGGGCGGCCGUCUACCUUGCCUCCGACGAGGCCAAGUUCGUCACCGGGCAUAACCUCGUCGUUGACGGUGGGUUCACGGCCAGCAAGCGGAUCGGCACGCCGGCGGCAAGCUGACCAUUCUCCUGGCCCUGGGAAUAAUAAUAAGUCAAUGUACUUCCUUGAUCGUGAAUCGUGACCGAACCAACACGAAACCUAUCAUUCUACUAUUGAAUGAAGACAGGAUGCACCUGUGAUUGGUAUAUAGAGACAUUCGACUUAUCUCUCCAAUCGGUUGUUUACAGUGGAUUCUCUGCCUUACGAUAAUGUUGACUGUUGACAUUUAAAUUGGGCCUA